ACAAUAUAACAAUUUAGUAAGUUGGUUAGGUACCAAAAAAGUGCUUAAAAAAAGUAUUUUAUGUCCACGAUGUAAUAAAGAAAUUCAAUUAAAACCAGAAGGAUCACUUAUAAUGCAUUGUACUAAUAUGCAUUAUAAACAAAUACGUGGGCGAAAAUGGCAAAGAAAGGCUUGCAAUUAUAAGUUAAGUGCAUUAACAGGAACGUGGUUUAUAAAGGCAUAUUUAGAUCUAGUAAAAAUAUGUCGUAUUAUUUCCAACUUUUUAAUGAUAAAUUCACCACGACAGAAACUAUUUCAAACUGAAAUGCAAAUAUCAACAUCUAUUACUGCGGAUUGGACUAAUUUUUGUCGUGAAUUACUAAAUCAGUGGUUGACUGAUAGUAGCAAACCGUUAGGUGGUCCAGGAAUAAUUGUUGAGAUAGAUGAAGCGAAAUUCGGACGUCGAAAAUAUUAUAAAGGCAGAUUAAUUACUGGACAUUGGUUGUUUGGUAGUGUUGAAAGAGACAGUGACCGUUUACUUGUAGUAUCAAUCCCAGAUAGAACAGCAGCUAUAUUAGUACCUAUAAUUCGUCGUUAUAUUGCCUCUGGAAGUAUAAUACAUAGCGAUUGUUGGUGUGCUUAUGAUGCUUUGUCUAAUGAGAAUUAUUUACAUAGAACUGUAAAUCAUUCUCGUAAUUUCGUCGAUCCUAUUACUGGAGUUGAUACUCAGAAUAUUGAACGAUUAUGAUGUGAUAUUCGCAAUGGAAUACUUCGUUUUGGUACGCGUAAAAAUCAUUACUCAUUUUAUUUAGCUGAAUUUUUGUUCAAACGAAAAUAUAAUUAUGCAGAUCGAAUUGAUAAAUUUUUUGAAAUUAUGGCUCAUUUUGAUUCAGUUAAUGAUAACAGUACUUAAUAAAUUUAUGAUU